AUGACUGCUCCCGUUUUAACCACUACCCAAAUUAACUUUCAUUGCAGCAAAGGUGCCUCUACAAUUUUGCAGAGGGGUAUGACUGCGAGGCACACAGGUAUGCUGCUAAUUCAGCAAGCUUGGGGCCACAAGGCGGCCAAUCAAAGAGCUUGCAUACUGGCGAAGGGAGUCAAUGUUGACCCGCUGUUCAAGCUAUGUUCCAGAGACCUGAUGGUGAUUGUCACGAAUCUUAAAGCCAUAGAAAGGCAAUCAUGGGAAAGGAAUGAUAAGAUUGGCUUACUUGCCGUAUGCAAGGUGAGGGGUCUCCCUCUCCUGCUGGGAUGCGAUGCUAAUUCCCACCAUACAUUCUGGGACAGCACGAACGUCAACUCAAGAGGUAACGAUCUAGUAGAAAACCUCAUCACCAUUCAUUUAGAUAUUCUUAAUACGGCGAAUGCUCCGACGUUUCGUCACUCGGUCAGUGAGGAAGUUAUUGACAUCACUCUCUGUAACGGUAGUUUUAUAGACAACGUCAAGAAAUGGAGAGUGUCAGACGAACCCACUCGAUCAGAUCACUCACAGAUAGAGUUCAAGCUGGACUUUACUGUACCCACGGGCUCUUAA